GAAUGAAAAAGUGUUACUCGCCACCCCAUUUGUGUAUUUACCAUGUUUGAAGCAUAAAGUUGUAAUCUUUGAUACACUUGGAUUGCGUAUUCUUGUCUUGUGUUUCAGACAGCAACAUGGAAGCCUUUGAACAUCAUCAACCUGAGUUGAAAUUGCCACCCGAAUGGUUCCAUGAUCCUUUAGCCAAGUGUUACUCAAACUUGGACACAUUGGACACUUUCUGCUAUUCCGAGGAGUUGUUUUGCUUUGUAGAUUCUCCUCCUCCAAAUCCUCUACUGUUGAAAAAUGUUGAUGACACUAAUACGGUAAAGGUGGAUAAUUCACCUGAAACUGAGGAACCAUCUGAUGCUGUAGCCAAAGAAACUCCAGCAUUGGAAACUGCUCCCGCUCCCGAAAAGGCUGAAGUUCCUGUUUCUAAAGAAAGGAGGAAAACUCGAUGCGGAUUCUGUGGUGAAGAAGGACAUAACCGACGAUCAUGUUCCCUUGAAACCUAGGCUGUUAUCCUCAUGAGAACAAUGUCUUCAUAUUUCUAUGAAAUGAACCUUUCUAUGCUUUUGGAUGAUUUAUGCUUAGUGUUAAACUAUUUCAGGUAUUUUUGCCUCAUCCUUUGGUAAACCAUAUUAUACAAAUGAUGUUUAAUUU